GACUCGAGUUCGCUCGAGGCAGAGAAGGCGUCGUAUUAUUAUUAUUAUUGUUAUUGUUGUGUAACGCGCCUGUGUACUCCUUUGUGUGACGUGUUUGUCAUGUGCUCUCGCCACGUUUACUAUUCUUUUUUUGGGUGUGACAAUGUUGUGGAGGUGAAGGGCAGUUGCAAUAUGGAUACAUUCUCCGGUAAGCAAAACUGGGAGGAAUACGUAAAACGAUUUGAAAACUUGGCCACCAAUUAUAGUUGGUCAAUCUCCGAAAUGGGCCUGCGGUUGGCCGCCUCAUUGACAGGAGACGCGUUGCUGGUCCAAGACCAUUUGACAAAGGAACAGCGGUUCUCGUAUCAAGCUUUGUGUAACGCCCUGGAGCAGACUUUCUCCAGGCAGCAAAGCUUCCAAAAGUCACGAACCAUGUUACACACGGCCAGGCUCGAGGAGGGAGAGAAACUUGUUGAUCUCGGUUCUCGCUUGCGGCAGCUUGUGAAGCAAGGGUAUCCGCAACUACCGAACCAAACUCGAGAAGAACUUCUGGUUGACGCAUUCAUACGGUGCAUUCCAGACGAGAUUACCAGAGUUGCGGUUGGCUCUAAGAGGGCUAGUACGCUCCGGGAAGCCCUCGAUGCUGCUAUGGAGAUUGCUGCCUAUAAAGAGUGUGGUGAACGAGUACGCCCAAGGUAUCAGUCGAGGUCGUCUCCUUUUCCGUGUAUCGAGAGAGCUGGUCUGCGGUUAAAAGCUAAGAAGU